GUCACGGCCGCGAUGUGUCAUCUCGGCGGAUGAGACACCGCUCGUCUCCUACGCGGCAGAACGAUGUCUGUGAACCGCCGUUAGUUAGUCCGGUUCUCCUCGCUCAUUCGCGGCGACUCUUCAUCAAUUAUCCCUCGCUUCGGGUUUAAAAAUAAAGAAAAUAAGGAGGAGGAUGUUCUCUCCGGCGGGCAACGCGCCCCUCGCCGCGGUGACUCUGGCGCUGCUGACCGUCGUCCUCUGCACCGCUCCGGUCGGUGCGAACGAGGACUGUCUGUGGUACGUGGACAAAAACGGCACCUGGCACAACGGCUUCGACUGCCCCCUCAUCACGUUCUGCUGUGGGAAUUGCCACCGGCGCUACUGCUGCCUGGACGCCUUCAAGAUGAUCACGGAGAGGGAGCAGAAGCGCUGCAUGCUCUUCCAGUUCAGCCCCACCACCUUGGCUGGCAUCGCCUCCUCCAUCCUCCUGUUCGUGGCGAUCAUCGCGACCAUGGUCUGCUGCUUCAUGUGCUCCUGCUGCUACCUGUACCAGAGGAGGCAGCAGAGGGGCAGGACACCGUACGACGCCCAGCACAUCCCCAUGGCGGCUUACCCGGUGGAGCCCAUGUACGACGCUUAUGGAAAACCGCUGGGACCGUCGGACUACGCGCACAUAGGCUAUCCCAUGGCGCCCCACUACCCUGGCAUGCCUCCACACUACCCGGUGAUGCAGCCGGUGCACUAUCCUCCUCACCUGAUGGACCCCGCGUACAGCCAGGCCCCUCCACCUUACUCUCCACCCCAGUAUCCUGGUCAUUGAUGGGCUCGUCUGCAAACACACACACACACACACACACACACACACACACACACACACACAGCGGGAAACAAUAGCAUCUGAGAGAAAGGACUGUAUCUAAGGAAGAAUGCAGCGACACUCACAGACGCACACAGUCAAACAAACGCUACAUCCCGACUAGCGGGACGCACUUUAAUUUUUUUUUUUUUUCUAAUGUCUAUUCGCAAGGCUGUCCUACUUUUCUGGAGUACUUACCUAAGUCCAAUCACUGAUUGCUCCCGGCGGGUUUCGCAGAGGCCGUGACAACAUCCUCAUGGUGAGGAAGCAUCUCUCUCUCCAUGCUGCGACCUCCCCUCGAUGACGGGGUCAUCGCCCGACAGCAGGGCGCUCGGGAGGCAUCUACAGAAACCAACGUACACGCACUUCCUCUUAUGUUUCUUAAGAGGGGUCAAGGCUUUACUUCCCGGCCUUUCGUUAGAAAACAUUAAAUUGAUAACUGCCGUAGGCCACAUUCCAGGUCGCAAUAUGAUUACUUAAUGUCUUUAUUUCUGUAUUUGAUAAUGAUUCUUUUCUUUCCGUAGUGCGGUAGAGGCUCAAGUGAAAAACCAACUGCAUGUUUAAAUAAGGACGUGUGCGGCUCAAAGGCAGAGCGAUACUUUCCUAAAUUUGCAGAUGGCCUAAAGGAUCAAUCGUACUCUUAAUUUAGUUUAAGACGCUUUUAGUCAUCUGUUAGUUUCGGCUUGCCUCUUUGUUUUGUUUUUUUGUAGCUGACAGGACUAAUUUGUUCACGAUAGUAUAUUAGCUGUACUGAUUCAUAUGUAACAUCUAUCCAUCAGCAUGCUACCCCAGUCAGAGUGAUCUGUCCCUUCAUGCUACUUUUCUGGGUUUAUAUGAAUUAGACAUCUUUAGAUGAAUCACAUACUGGUAGGAUGUGUCGCAGUGAAAGUCACGUUUAAUGUUUGUUUGUUGUAACCUAUCAGGUCAGGGGAGUUGCCGGUCUCGCUGCUCGGUUUAAAACAAAGUGUCCCGCCAAUAAUGAACCAUGAUGGAAAAGGAGGGGGGGGGAAAAGAGAUUAACUAUUUAAAUCAUUAUUUUGUAAAUCUGUUCUUCAGAUGAAUAUUUUAUGAUAUUGUAACAAGUUAUUUGAAACAUAAUGUAUUGUUAUUGUAACAUAAGAUAAGACGUUCAACCUUUGGCAUCUUUUCAUUUGGUAUUUAUUAUUAACGUCAUUGUUUAGGUUACCUGUUACUGUGAAUGGGUUCUCAGCUUGUGACCAGCUGCAAAGCCAAAAAUCACUACUGUUGAAAAAGUAGAUGUUUAUUUUGAAGUCAUUGUUGGGAAAUGUUACUUACUCGAGUAGAUCGAUACUAAUCUCAAAGACGCAAGUGUCUCAAUCUCCUCGCCUGUGCAGAAAACACAGCGGUGUUUUUACCAAAACUACAAAUUGUUUGUUUAGAGUGUACACUUGCAGAUUUGGGGCUCCGGUGGGGAAUCUGGUCCAGGUUUGUGUUUUGUUUCCGCCCUGCUUCCUCUGUAAGAUGUGCGGGCUGUAAAACAUGACUUCUGAAGCAUGUUUGGAGCGGUUAUCUGUCAUAGGUGAUGGUUAUGUUCAUUCGGGUGUAAUGUAUCACUACAUUAAAGAGAAGCCGGGGCUUUUCUUUGAGACUUACUGCUGAAUCUGGUCUCGGAGAAGAAAGCGAAGCAUCGUGUUUCCUGCGGUGGCGACGUCCAUUUGUACAGAUGUGUUGAGCCUCUGAAAAGCACACAGAGAACACUGGACUUUUCUUUGUCUAACGCUUCCGUAUGUAGUUUGACAUAAUCUGCUCAAUGAUGUUUCUGUUCAUUUGUUGUUCUAAACCAACUCCAUGAGUGUGUUUACUGGAACUGACAUCAGUUGGCAAAAUAACUGUCUGUGGUCAUAUGGAUGGUAUGCCAUUGUAAUAUAAAGUGAGUGGAAAAGCGUUUUAUUUCUAGUAACAUAAAAUUUAACUUUGGAAUGUAAAAAUA